GCUAAAUAAAGGUGGGCUGUCAGCCAAAAACCAACAGUAUGUGCGAGAGAAGAUGCGAGAAAUGGGACGGCUCAUGUGCAGUGCCAGGAGAGUCACCAGCUUGAAAAAAAUGGAAGAUCUGAUAAAUCCACAAACCUACAUGGAGACUGUUGAAGCUGUUAGAAUCACAUGUGGGUUCAACAAUGAAACAAACAAGUUCUCUGUUCCAUCACUAGCAAACAAGCUUGGAAAUGUCCUAGUUAAAGUAAGCAAACUCUUAAAAGCUCAGGGUUUAAUCACAGAUAACAAGGAGCUUGUGAAGAAUGCCAGUGAGUUUCAAGAAGUUCAUCGGGAGAAGUGGAAUGAGAUGAUUUCAUCUGCAGCCUUAAGGAACAUCAGGGAAGCAAAGUGGAAUGUGCCCACCCUAAUGCCCUUUACCGAAGAUGUCCAAAAACUGCAUGCAUAUCUUAGUCAAGUGCAAGAUGAGUGGUACAAUUCACUCACAGAAAGUCCAUGUACAAAGGCCUGGAUGGAACUGGCAAAAGUGUGUCUGACCCAGAUCAUUCUUUUUAACCGACGCAGGGAAGGAGAGGUGGCAAGCAUGCCGUUAUCAGCAUAUUUAUCUAGAGACACUACCGAUCCACACGAGGAUGUGGACUGGGCGCUCUCUGAAGUGGAAAAAAAACUCUGCAGACACUUCUCUAGGAUCAUCAUCAGAGGAAAACGUGGUCGCCCAGUUCCAAUUCUGUUGACUCCAAAAAUGAUGUCUGCUUUAGAACUCCUUGUUAAACAAAGAGAGGCUUGUGGAGUUCUAAAAGAUAACAGUUACAUGUUUGCAAGACCGGAAGCGGCAACACAUUUCAGAGGUUCAGACUGCAUUCGUGGCUUCGCGAAGGCAUGUGGUGCGAAGUGUCCAGAGUCACUGACCUCAACCAGGCUGAGAAAGCAUGCUGCAACCCUUUCAACGGUGCUAAACAUGACAGACACAGAGAUGGACCAACUAGCCAACUUCCUGGGACAUGACAUAAGAAUCCAUCGUGAGUUCUAUCGACUCCCAGAAAAGACCCUGCAACUUGCCAAGAUCAGCAAAGUUCUUGUGGCUCUCGAGAAAGGACGAUUAGCUGAGUUUCAGGGCAAGAAUUUGGAUGAAAUUGGCAUAGAUCCUGAUGAAAAGGUUCAGGCCAGUGAUGAGGAAGAUGGAAGCAUACAGGAGGAAAUCUGCUCAUCCACUCCUGAUGAACUAUUGGCAGAAGAGACACUUCCUCCUGCAGAGAGGGAAGAAAUGCCUCCACCACCACCACCCUCCAAGAGGUACAAACCAUCAUCAGAAGUCAGUACUAAAAAUCCUUCAUCCAAAGGUAAACCUUUGCAAAAGAAGACUCCAUGGCAGCAGACAGAGGUGCAGGCAGUGGAAAAGCACAUGAAGCGCUUCAUUACAUCUUGCAUUGUUCCUGGAAAAGCUGACUGCGAAAAGUGCAUAAGAGCUGAACCAGAAGCCCUUAAAAACAGGGAAUGGCAGAAUGUAAAAUUUUAUGUCCAUAAUCGCAUUAUGUCACACAAGAGGAAAUUCCAGAAAAAAAUGUAAAGACUUUCAGGUAGGACCAUUUUUGUUCCUGUUCAUGCUUCAGCAAAAUAUACCACAUUGGUGGUUGUUCUAUUGUAUGUAUAUGUUUUAUAUAUAUACAGUGUUAAUUGAUGUUAAUUUGAGUUCAGCUUUACAUAACUCAUAACAACUACAUUGAGUUGUGAUAGUGAAAGUGCUUAAACCUGUUGCUGGGUGAUUGACUGUGGAUAAAAAUAUAAAAACAAAUGCUUGUAUCUGGAAAAAAAAAGAAAAUAAAAGCUCUAACAGUGGGAACUUAAAGUGUUUGAAGGUUGGAUUGACUAUAUGAGUUUGCAAAUAUAUGGAAAAUUCCACUAUUCUUUGAACUUUUAUGCAAAUGGAAACAAAUGUUUUUUGAUUUACCCAAUUAUGUGUUUUACCUAACUGUAUCAUAGUGAUGGUACAAACACUGUAACAAGAAAUAUAAAGUUGUCUCAUAUUCAUGUAAAAUCCUGUAAUAUUACUCUACUCCCUCAGUCCAGGGCACUUAUCAGCUGUAGAUGGAGGCUAGGAGUAAAAAAAUACCAAUUCCCACUUUUAAUAACCAAUUAGAAUUUUAUUUAAUCAUAUUUAUUUCUCUAUCUUUGAAUCUGGUUGUGUUGUAUUAUUGCUGGACACAUGCUAAAUCUCUAUACAUCAUUUAUGAACAUUUAAGCUAAGCUAAAAUUCAACAUGUUUUUGUUUAUUUCAGGAUCUUAUAAUUUGCUGUAGAUUAAACCUGAUUUAGAUUUAUUUGUAAUGCAUUUAUUGUUUUUGCAAGGUCCCCACUAAACACACUGGAAUUUGUGUGAAUUAUUUAAAUAAUAUGCAGAUAAUAUUAAAAUUAUGUCCCCAUUAUUAAUGUUAACUUGAUUUUCUAAGGUCCCCAUUUAGCAUGGUCAUGACAUCUUACUUGCUCAAAUUGGAUAUUUGAAGUCGUGUAUAAGCUUACAAAAAAUCGGUAAGUAUGGAUUAUUAUUUUUGUACCUCUAGUACCUUUAGAAAGGGUCGUCCCCACAGGUGACGUUCAUAACAUUGGUCCCCAUCCAGCAUGGAA